AUGUCGGUUCUGGGUUCGGCAAUUCCAUCUACUUCUCCGAACAAAGGAACAAGCCACACAAUCGAACGCCGGCGGGGGGAUUAUCAUCCGAGCGUAUGGGGUGAUUACUUCCUUGUAUAUGCUUCUUCCACCAGCUCCAUGGAGUUCAAAUACCUUGGAAGAGUAGAGGAACAAAUUGAGGGAUUGAAAAGAGAGGUGAGGAAGAUGGUGACUGAUGUUGCGGAAAAGCCCUUGCAAAUGCUGCACUUGAUCGACCAAAUCCAACGCUUGGGAAUUUACUACCAUUUCGAACGUGAAAUAGACAAGCAAUUAGGACAAAUCCACAAAAGUUACUCUCGACUUGUGCAUGGAGUUUUUAAGGCCGACGACCUUCACAUGAUCGCUCUCAUCUUUCGAUUGCUGCGACAGCAAGGUUACAAUAUUUCAUCGGAUGUUUUUAACAAAUUCAAGGACGGCGAAGGGAAGUUUAGGGAAAUGCUCGUCGCCGAUGCGCGUGGACUGCUAAGCCUAUAUGAAGCUUGCUAUUUGAGGUGCCAUGGCGAUGCUAUCUUGGAAGAAGCGCUUCAUUUCGCUAUGACUUGCCUCGAAUCGAUCGACGAAAGGAAAGUAAGUACUAGUCUUGCAAAACAAGUGAAGCGGGCCCUAAAGCAGCCGCUUCGCAUGGGAUUGCCGAGGCUUGAGGCGAGGUAUUAUAUUCCACUGUACCGGGAAGAGCCUUUUCACGACAAAGUCUUGCUCACCUUGGCUGAACUAGAUUUCAACUUGCUGCAAGAGCAACACCAGAAGGAACUCGGCAAGAUCACAAGGUGGUGGAAGGGCAUAGAUGUCUCGAGGAAGUUCCCAUUCGCUAGAGACAGGAUUGUGGAGCUGUUCUUCCGGAUCUCGGGAGUAUACUUUGAGUCGGAGUUUGCCGUGGCCGGAGCGAUACUAACCAAAGUGAUUGCCCUUAUUUCCAUUCUCGACGAUAUAUACGAUGUCUAUGGUACAUUGGAAGAACUCGUAAUCCUCACUGAAGCAAUCCAAAAGUGGGAUGUCGAUGCCAUGGAUGGACUACCAGAGUAUAUGCAAGCUUGGUACAAGGUGCUUCUCGAUGUCUAUCAUGAAGUAGAGAAUGAAGUGGCCUCGAAGGGAAGACCGUCUUGCCUCGUCCAUGCAAAAGAAGCGAUGAAGAAGCAAGCGAGAGUGUACUUUCACGAAGCCAAAUGGUUCCACACCAACCACACGCCAACGCUAGAGGAGUACAUGCCCCUUGCGCUUUUAACGGCCGGCUAUGAAAUGUUAGCGAUCACGUCCCUUGUGGGAAUGGGCGAUGUGGUCACAGAACAUGCUUUUGGAUGGUUCUUUGGCGGCGACCGCAAGAUCUUGAAAGCUUCUCGGAUCAUCGAUCGGCUCAUGGAUGACAUUUCCUCUCACCAGUUUGAGCAAAAGAGGGGCCACGUAGCAUCUGCGGCGGAGCUGCUCGCGAAGGAACGUGGGGUCCCGGAACAAGAAGCCGAAAAGGAACUGCGGAAACGAGUGGUCGAUGCGUGGAAGGACAUCAACGAGGCAUUUCUUCGUCCGACUGCGGUUGAAACGCCGAUUCUGACGCGAAUUCUCAACCUCUCGCGGGUGAUUCAUGUGUUGUACAGUGAUGGAGAUAAUUACACCCAUUCCGGGACCCUGCUCAAAGAUCACGUGAUGUCUCUCCUCGUUUGCCCCUUGCCAGUGUCCAGUCUCGCAAGCGGAACAUGA